CUUAUCCAGAUACUCUCAUUCCACUGAAAAGCCUAUUCUCUAUCAAACACCAUGGCGGCAAUACCGGACGAAACGAUAACCAUCGGAACCCCUAGCGAUUUGACUGUCAAGAUAAUCGAGUAUGAGGUCAAAAGGGAAUUUCGGACUGACCCAGAAACAAAUGAAGAUCGUGUCAUCACGGAGCGAACCCCCAAGAAGAGCGCCCUUAUUCAGGUCUCAAGGGCUAAGUUAAUCCAAAACAGCGAAUAUUUCAGAAGGAUGCUUAGCAGUCGCUGGUCAGGAUCGGACAACACCAUCUCCCUCGAGGAGGAUACGAUAAAGAGUAUGGAAGUCUGGUUUCGCCUUUUCCACGGUAAUCUGUCCGCUAUGCCAUGCGGAUCUGUUUCUGUCCCUGAAAUGUGGCACAUUAUCAUGGCGGCCGACAAGUACGAAUUUGAUCGCACACGCCUCGAGAGUUGGUUUGACGACUGGUUCUUCACCCAGCAGAACAAGGCUAUGACCAAGCUUAGUCUCAACCAACAGCUGCUUUUUCCUUGUCACUACUUCAACUGUGCCUGGGGAUUCAAGAUUCUCACAAAGGAGCUUGUCUACAAGUAUCCUCAUCAUAUCACUGAGAUCAAUCCGACAAGCCACCACCAGAUGCAUCUUCCCCACCGAGUUAUUCAGCAGUUGAACGCUGCAAAGGGCAGACUUCGCACCAUUCUCCAGCGCGGACUUUUCUCACAGGUCUCAAGCAUCGUCAACUACGCCAUUUGUGAUUGCAAGGAAAAGACGGUCUUCAACUAUUUGAAGGAGAUACAGAACAUCAAUGUGAGACCACUGGAUGAGACGCUUUCUAGGACCAGUGUUCAGAGGAAUCUUGAUCGCUUGGGACAGUUCAAUGAAAGCAAUAUGCGGCCGAAGAAAGACUCGAAUGUCAUUUACAAGUCUGUGGAAGAAGAAUGGGGCGAGAAACCAUCCGCUAAAGACUGUAUGGACUGUGACAGGUCUUGGGGGGAGGUGGUGAGAAGGGCACGCAAAGAAACGGCCGAGUACUUCGAUGGGCUUUGUCUGGAUUGUAUGAACACCACCAAGAAUAUCCGGCUCCGCGGCGACGAAGACGAUGACUAUUGGCUCCAUAACGAAGGGCGGGACAGGUAUGAUGACGGUUGCAGAAUCAGCCACGGCCAACCAACCUGGUAUUUCAGCUUCAUGGGAAGACGAGAGAAGCGCGGUCAGUUUGUCUGA